AUAUUUGGGUUACAAAAUAUCAGGCCAGGUAGGCAAGCGUUCAUUCCAGCAAUUGAAGCUUUUAAAAUACGGCAUCAAUCAGCUGUCAGAAAAUGAUUGCAGGAAAAUCAAGCUUGAUGUUUUUUUCAGCUCUUGCUGUUUGCAUCUAUGGUGUGUUUUCUCAAACAGUAACCUGCAAAUGGAACAGAUCAAGAUUAAUAGAUGGAAAGUGUUUCCUCGUUCUUGAAGUUAAUCUUUCAUGGAAAGAAGCGCUGCAAGUCUGCCGUAAUUUUGGAGCGACGCUGGCAACACUUUCAACUCAAAACCAAUUCGAUAACGCGACAACAUUGUUUAACAAUUAUGGUUCAUUGUGGAUCGGUGCCAGUGACAAAGCUAGAGAGGGAAUCUUUGUGUGGGUGGGGGACCACAGCCAGUUUACAUCAAACAGCUGGUGGCAACCUGAUCACCCACUAACUAACGCCAACAGCAACUGUGUCGCUGUUGGCGCUGGUUCUGUAGCAGACGACAGAUGCGAAAACUUGUAUAACGCUCUAUGCAUGGAGCCGCAAAACACAGCCGUGUUACGUAUGGCCAGUCUUCUACUUAUUAGCCUCCUACCUGCAGUCACAUCUCUGCUACUUCAAAUGAUGGUAUCAUAAACACACUCAACCUUUGAUGCUCAGACCCAGCUCUAAUGGACACACGUGUUUGAUCCUCUGCUAAACGUCUAUACGGCAAAUUUAAUUAAGAAUUUUAUUUUAAUAUUAUAUUUAAGUUUUUAAACUUCUUUAAAGUAGUGCUAGCAAUUUUCAAAAUUAAUGUUCUCAAAUAAAUUUCAUAAGACGCUUUUCUGUGGGCUUCAACUACUUUAAAAAUGAUGUACUAACUUUCAUUUCUGAAUUAAAUGUUAAUUUAAUUUUUGUAAUGGUAAACAACACUAACAUUUUUUUUCGUCCAAUGACUAGCAAAAAUACAUUUUUGCUAAUGAAGAGCUAUUAUCCUUAAUUUUCAACGUGCCUAUCAUUGGAAAGUAAAUCUAUGUAAAAUCGUUAAAAAAAAAAAAAAUU